CGCCCUUGGUGUCAGUGGCCUGGAUCUCGGGCCCGCCCCAGCUGCCGUGCUGCCUUGGCACCUGUCGGUCGGUGUGUCCUGGAGCCGGUACCCGUCACUCCGUCGGGGCCGGGGAGGGCCAUGGUUUCCCUGCCCGGGCCCCCGGCGGCCAGCUUGCUGCGGGUUUUGUUCCUGGGGCUGAGUGCCCUCGCGUCUCCCUCGCAGGCCCAGCUGGAGCUGCACGUGCCCGCGGGCCUCUCCAGGUUGCAGGCGGUGGAGGGAGAGGCAGUGGUGCUCCCGGCCUGGUAUGCCCUGAAAGGGGAGGCGUCUUCGGCCCAGCCGUGGGAGGCGCCGUUGGUGCUCUGGUUCUUGGAACGGAAAGGGAAACAUCCGCAGCAGGUGUUCUCAUACAACAAUGGAAUUGUGACAAGCAAAACUGGAGUAUCCCUGGUCUACUCCAUGCCCACCAGGAAUGUGUCACUUCAGCUGCAGGGCCUCCAGGAGGAAGACUCAGGGUCUUACCUUUGUUCUGUGAAUCUAUAUGACAGUCAAAAAGCACAUAGGGGCUUCAGCAGCAAAAGAUUAGAACUCGAUGUGCUGGUUCCUCCAGUUCCUCCAUCCUGCCAUCUCCAGGGCAGCCCCCGUGUGGGGACCAACGUGACUCUGAGCUGCCAGUCCCCAAGGAGUAAGCCCACUGCCCAGUACCAGUGGGAACGGCUGCCCCCAUCCCCCCAGGUUUUCUUUGAACCAGUUUCAGAUGCCAUCCAUGGAUCCUUAAGCCUUACAAACCUCUCUGCUUCCAUGUCUGGAGUCUAUGUCUGCAAGGCCCACAACAAGGCAGGCAGUGCCCAGUGCAAUGUGACCCUGGAAGUGAGCACAGGGCCUGGGCCUGCAGUAGUUGCUGGAGCUGUUGUGGGCACCCUGGUUGGAUUGGGGCUGCUGGCUGGGCUGUUCCUCUUGUACCAUCGCUGGAACAAGGCCCUCGAGGAGCUAGCCAAUGAUAUCAAGGAGGAUGCCAUCGCUCCCCGGACCCUGCCCUGGCCCAAGGGCUCAGACACAAUCUCCAAGAAUGGGACUCUUUCCUCUGUCACCUCAGCACGAGCCCUUCAUCCACUCCAAGUCCCUCCCAGGCCUGGCGCAUUGACCCCUACACCCAGCCUCUCUGUUCAAGCCCUACCCUCGCCAAGGCUGCCCAGGACAGAUGAGGCCCACCCUCGGCCAAUAUCACCCAUCCCUGGUGGACUUCCUUCCUCUGUCCUGAGCUGCAGGGAGGCUGUGCCCGUGAAGGUACCUGCCCAGAGUCAGGCUGAGUCUCUGGUGUGAUGGCCCAGGCACUCAUUGGCUAGGCUACCUGGUUUCUCUCCUUCCUAUAGGGGUCGUCCUAGCACCAAGGCCUGAAUCUUGGGAGGGUAACACAUACUAGACCAACAAUCCUUUGCCCCCACCUCUCUUUAUGGGAAAACUGAGACUUACUUACUAAGACUCUAAUUUGUAGGAGGUAGAAGGAGAAGAGGCAGUGGGCCUGGGGUUAGUAGGUGCCUCAGCUCUCUCUUCCGCCCUACCCAAUGACUGCAGCUGAAUGCUGAUGAGAUUGACUAUUCCCCAGGGCCCUGCUGGGGAUUGCCAGUCAAAAAGUCCUCCAGGCUACCCUGCUCUGUCCCCCACCCCUAUCUAACAUCUUCGUCUGCCCAGCACUCCAGCUCCCCGCAUUAAUAUAAAUUGUCUUGCUGGCUUGGUUGGAUUUUUGUUGGGGAAGGGGAUAGGGAAGAUAUUUUUUAAAAACUAACUUGAAACGUGCUUUUGUUUUUGUAU